GUUCUUAACAACAUUAUUUAGUACCAAAUUUAUGAGAUUUAUACAAUUUGAUGUGAUUCAUGAAUUUCAACUAACAAGUAAUAAAGUGUGGGAUUUUUUUUUUGUUACAUGAGAGAAGUAUAAAAUGUGGGAUAAAAAGUGUAUGAAUUAGGUGUUAGAUCUUGAAUUAGGUGUUAUAGCCAAGAAAAUAAACCAAUCUCUAAUUUUCUGCUUUCAUUAUCUACGGUACAAAUAUAGUAGUGGGGAAGCAAGAAUGCAGCAUCAAAAAUAACGGACACAUAAACCAUCACGAGCACGGAAAGUUUUAUAGAUAAGAAACAUUUUGUUGUUGCACAUGCUACUUUCACCGUUGUUGCCACUGCGCACUCAACAAGACACACUGCCUGACCACCUUUGUGAGGGUAAUCAUCACCUUACAAGCUGAUUUUGUAAGGUUGAGUUAGGCCCAAUACUUAAUUCUAAGAUGGUAUCAGAGUCUCAUCCACAAUCCGUUAGGCCGUCUGUUAUCAAGUUCUGAUCGAGCCAUCCACCAUUUAUAUCCGCGCCCCAAGCCCAACAGUGUUGGGCGCGAGGGGGUGUGCUAAAAAGUAUCACAUUGGUUGCCCACACUUAUAAAUACAUAUUCAGGUCAUCCCACAACCGAUUUGGAACUUCUUAAGAAUAAAAACACCAUCGGCUCUGAUACCACGGUUGGUUCACGAGGGGACAGCCAGGGGAUCAUUCACAUUGGGCUCAGAACAAUCCUACAAAUGAGUUGGGCACCACAUCUUAACCCAAAACCUUAAGGUGUUAGGUUUAUGAAUCAUCUCACUAAUAAAGUGUUCAACCUCCACUUUUCUAAGCAAUGUAAAACUUAAUUCACUUCACACUUCCCACAACACCUCGUCCCUAACUGCCCAAAAGACUUUAACUCAAAUUUGACACACCAACGCAAAUAGUCUACAAUUAGCCAAGAUCAACCGAUCUUUUUUGACUUUCCUUGCUUUUAUAAAUGUCUAUAUAUAGAGAGUAAUGAUGGAGAAGCAAUAUUAAGAAACAAUACAGCAACUAACCACCACAACAACAACAAACAUUAUGAGUACUGAAAAACUAAUAGAUAGGAAACAUUAUGUUCUUGUACAUGGUGUAUGCCAUGGUGCUUGGUGUUGGUACAAGGUCAAGCCGCGGUUAGAAUCUGCUGGUCACCUUGUCACAGUACUUGAUCUUGCAGCUUCUGGAACUAACUUGAAGAAAAUUGAAGAUGUUAAUACAAUUUCAGAAUACUCUGAACCUUUGUUGCAGCUAAUGGCCACAAUUCCACCAAAUGAAAAGGUGAUUCUUGUUGGUCAUAGCCUUGGAGGACUUAACAUAGCUCUUGCAAUGGAACAGUUUCCAGAAAAGGUAGCAGUUGGUGUUUUCUUAACAGCUGUUGCUCCUGAUAUUGAUCACAAUGCAUCUCAUGUAUUGGAAAAGUUUAUUGAGAGUAUCCCCGCGGCUGAAUGGUUGGACACUGAAAAUUUCCAGAGUGGAAGCAAAAAAUCUUUGUUGUUUGGUCCCAAAUUCUUGUCCAAUAAGCUCUAUCAACAAUCCUCCACUGAGGAUCUUGAAUUGGCCAAGACUUUAUUGAGGCCAGGGUCCCUCUUUAUUGAAGACUUGAUUCAGCAAAAGAACUUAUUCUCCAAACAGGGUUAUGGCUCAGUUCCACGUGCUUUUGUUGUUUGCAAAGAUGACCUUGGAAUUCCAUUGAAAUUUCAACACUGGAUGAUCCAAAAUGCUGGAAUUAAUGAUGUACUUGAGAUCAAAGGCGCAGAUCAUAUGGCUAUGCUUUGCAAGCCACAACAACUAUAUGAUUCUCUCAAUCAGAUAUCUACUAAAUACACAUGAAGUCAUGAAGUGGUUUUAGGUUUAUGUGUUUGAAUUAUAGGAAUAGAAUAAUGCUGAGUUUACUUUCUCUAAUACAAAAUUUGUAUGAGAUCUACACAAUUUUGUGUGACUCAAAUAAAUUUUAACUAGUAAUAAUGUGUUAAAAAGUUUGGAAAA